AGUAGCCUGUGAAGAGCGGUAGGGGUGUCCAUGCUCGGAAACCAUGCCUUUAUUCGUACAAGUUGUGUCGCACGGUUAAGAUGUACAGUGGAAGGAUCGCUUUUCAGAAGCCUUCCUCCUUGGGAAGGCUUCACAGCUGGCCCGAUCGUAACGGGCCGAACGGACGUUGGAACAACGGCGUGAGAGCAGUAGUGCCGGCUAAUAAUUACCUUUCCCAACAGCAGCAGCAGCAGAAUGAAAAUGAAACUACGGAACAAAGCCAGGAGCUGGCCGAGCAGUCGAACGCACCGGAGUCGAUCGAUCCGGAGUGUCUGAUCAAGCAUCCGCUCCAGCACACCUGGACGCUGUGGUACCUCGAGGUGGACCGCACGAAAAAGUGGACCGAUUCGAUGAACGAGGUGACCAGCUUCUCGACGGUGGAGGACUUCUGGAGCCUGUUCAAUCACAUCCGCGGCCCGUCCGAGAUCAAGGUGGGCGGUGACUACAUGCUGUUCAAGUCGCACAUCCGCCCGAUGUGGGAGGACGACGCGAACAAGCACGGUGGCCGAUGGACGAUCAGCAUGAACAAGCGCUUGUCGGACAAAUGCUGGCUGGAUACGGUACUUUGCUUGAUUGGAGAGACUUUCGAACAUUCGGAUCAGAUAUGCGGUGCUACGGUGAACGUUCGUCAAAAGAUUGAUAAAAUCUCCAUCUGGACCGCUGACUAUGAUAAUCGCGCCGCCGUGCUGGAUAUCGGCCGAACGUAUAAGGAGCGAUUAGGCCUGCGAGAAAACAUCUACUACCAAAUGCAUAAGGACACGAUGGUGAAGCUGUCCUCGUCGGGGACGAAAUCGACGUACACCGUUUAAACUUGAUUCGAGCCGUCUCUCCGGAGCCCUUUCCUCGUGUCCGAAACCAAUGGUUUAUUUGCGGAUCAACACGACGCGAUGACGAACGAGCUAACAACUACUGCUGGACAUGUGUGUGUGUGUAGUGAUCGAAGGUGGGUGAUGAUGUGUGCGAUUGAGGAAAGGCGAAAGCGAUCGAGGAAACGAAACUGCACCACAAACACACAAUCGACAUCGAUAUUCACAGGAAAAAGGGAUUUCAUUUUUUACCUAGCCUAACGCGGGGCUGCUAGAGCGCGUGUUGUGGAUCAGUGAGCAUUGUUUUUAGGUGAGCUUAGCGGGGGAAAUAACAUAGAUCGAUCGACGCAACGCAAUCAAAACGGUCAACUAGAGGGGCGCAUAGAGAGAAAGAGAAAGGGAGAGAUGCUUUAAGCAUUGUGCGAUUGAUAUUUACCCCCCACAGCCAAGAUUGUAAGACACAACAACCAAGCUGGUACUAUGCUCGAUCGUUCGACACAUUCUGCCGGUCGAUUUUGCGUAGGGACAAGUGGCAGUAGGACGCAAUUGUGUAGGAUAGAUCUAAUGAAUUGCUCACGUGGAAAUAGAAAAACGAAAUAUAGGUCAACUGGCGCUUUCCGUGAA